AUGCAUCAGUCUUUUUAUAUUUAAUAAUUUAUUUAUUUGCUUUUUAUUUCUCUCUAUUCUAAUUAAUUAAUCAAACAAUCUUUUCAUUCUUUGACUUUUCUUUUAUAAACGGAUAAAUAACAUCUAUUAGGUUGUCUAUUUUUUGAAUUUUUGGUUUAAAUAAAAUUUUUCAACUCAUCGUAUAUUCUAGUUGUAUUUUUAAGUUUUUCACUCAUUUUUAACCAAUUCAAUAACAAUAAACAUGCAAUUUAAAAAAAACUAAAUUUUAAUAGAUAAAUAUAUUUUUUUUAAAAUAAAAGAAGAAGGCUUUUAGAAUUUUUUCAAAAAGAAAUUUACAUUUAAAAAACCAAAAGUAAAACAAUUAAAAAUUGUAAAAUAUAUGGAAACAAGAUUUAUGAAAAAUAGUUUAAAAAAUUAUAACCUUAAAAAAUGAAUAGAUAUACAGAAAAAGUAAGUUAUAACUUGAGUACAUCAAUUUAUAUCUAUAUAAUUUCUAUUUAAAGAAGUUUACAUUCAAAAAAUAAGAAGUAAAAAUAUGAUUUAAACAUACUAAAGAAAAGAUGUAGAUAGAUAGAUAGGAUAAGCGAGGACUAUAGUAAACAUAGGUAACUACUAGUAUUCAAUUUUAUAUUUAAUAUAUUUAAAAGUAAAAGAUAAAUUCUAUAUGAGAUAUUUUACUAUUUGAAAGGAGAAUUGUAAAAAUUAGAUUAAAAUAUCAAAUAAUAAUAAAAAGAUACAUAGAGAGAUAUAUAGAUAGAUAGGAUAAGUGAGAAUUAGAGUAAAUAUAUAUUUUAUUUAUUUAUAUAUUAUUUUAUAUUUAAUUAAUUUAAAGCUCAAAGAUAAAAGUUAAUUUUAAAAAAAAUGUUUAUUUAUUUUUUAUGA